CUGCCAUAUAUAAUUAAAAGAUGGACUCUGAGAAGGUGCUUACUGAUGCUAGUUUACCCGAUGACCUGGUGGUGAAAGUCCUUUCUCGGGUGCCUUUCAAGUCUUUUUGCCGCUUCAAAUGUGUUUGCAAGGCCUGGCUUGCCUUCUCCUCGGAUCCACACUACCGUCAGAAACUACCAAAAAUUCCCACUGGUCUUUUUCAUGGAUGCAAAGAUGGGUCUGUUGCGCAGCUUGUUAGCCUAUCACGAAAUGAUGAGGAAAUUGAUGGAGGUCUUACGUUCUUGCCGCACCAUGAACAUUUAAUAUUUGUGGAUUGUUGCAAUGGCCUAGUUCUUUGUCAGUACAAGAGCAACUAUACUUCUCCAAAUAUUUGCCGCUUCAUCGUGUGCAACCCUGCAACACAAGAGUGGAGGACGCUUCCUGAUAUCCACCCUGACCCUGACCCAAUUGCCUCCAGAUGUACAACUUUUUUGGCCUUCGAUCCAUCAUGGUCGGCACAGUUCUAUGUCUUCAACUUUUCUGACGAAUUGCCACUUGGUAUCAACAAACUUGAGCUGUUCUCGUCUGACCUAUCCACGUGGACUGUGGAUGCUACAUGGAGUUUGGAUGUACAGAUUUAUGAACCACACCACUUUGUAGGAGGAGUACUGUAUGUGCACACAGUAGACGGUGAAAUUCUAGUGUUGAAGGCAAUGGGUUCUGGCAUACCGCCCCGUCAUUUUACCAUCGAGUUGCCGGGUCGCCUUUGGAGUCUCGUGUAUGGUUGCUUUGGUCAAUCAUCAGGGUUGUUGCAGUGUGUAUUUCUAGAGGAGAGCGGUGAUACAGCUGUAGUUUUCAGUCUUGAUGCUCAUCAUUCUUAUGAGUGGUCUUUGAAGUGUCGUGUUAGUAUGAGAGAUGCACUUGGAAGAGAUGACUUUGUUCACAAUAAUAGUUGGCCGCAUUGGCUUGGUUAUCAUAUUGUCGCUCUUGAUUUGGAAAGAGGGUUCAUCUUCCUUGUUGACAUGGAACAAAUAAAGCUUUUGUCGUACAACAUCAACACUGGGAAACUUAGAAAGAUCCAGGAUGAUUGCCGUAGUAACUACCUUUAUUAUGUGGCAUGCUACUCAAAACUUCCAGGCUGAGCCAUGUACG